GAUAGCACAGGUGCAGGAGUAACACUUGUUCUCUAUGAUCACCUCCUCAACUUACCGAGGGAGAUCCAAUACGUGUGGCAAGAACCGCCUCUCUUUCUGGCAAUAUGCGUGCUCGCCGACGUAUAUCUUAGGGAAGCCGGUCUCAUGUAUAUUGCAGUCGCUUACAUUCUCUUUCGAUUGUACCGAAUCUGGGACGACCGAAAGUUUGUCAAAUAUGUCCUUGGUGUAGCCUUCGUCGCAUUCGAUUUGAUUGCACUUGCCAUGGUCACCCUGAGCUCCCUGAUGACCCCGCGUAGACCCAACACUGCCAUUGUCGGUGUUCUAUACAAACAGGGGUUCCUUACAUUUUUGGCUGCGGACACGUUACUCAUGCCACCGGUUACGUGGGCGCUAGACGGCGUUCUUAGCUUCCGACUCUUUCUGAAGAUCAAGCAGGUCGAGCACAGUUCGAGGCGACACUGGUCAAAGUACGACGCGGGCCCGCGAACACGAGGCAACGGGAGUCUUGGUUCACAACCGACCAUCCUUGUGUUCGAGGAGAUCGAGAUGGACAAUAAAUAG